GCUACAAGUACAAUACAAUCAUGUUGUACCUGUAUUGUCACCUACUGUAAAGACAAGCGCUGGUGCUGUCGCAAAUUGUUGCCCAAAUUGUUUUCCGCCUGUGUACGGUGUAGAUCCAACGCUCCAAGUGCUAUCUCUUUACUAUUAGACUAAUUCAAGUCCUAUCCUCCUUGUUGGAUUGGAACUGAGGAAGAGUUUUAGACCUAUUGCACCAAACGUAAAGCGGAGAGGAGUCGAACACUUCUGGUUGGCAGUUGGACGACUGGUGCGAACGUUGACAUUUCCUCUGCACGUGCGUCGCGGGAGGUUGUCACUGUGCUUGUACGCGCGUUUGUUUCCACCGCGUUUCCGUCCCGACACAGCCGGCCAGUCCAGCCCCUACACGUACCAGGUAGAGUCUUGUUGAACAGUGUCGUAUAGCCUCUUUGCUUUCUCUGUCUCUGGGCACGGCACGUUGUUAAUGCACGCCGUUACGACGGGCUGCACACUCACGGCAGGCACUUUUAUCGCGUUGCGUGUUAGCAGUACGAAUAGCGGAUGUUCGCCAUGGUAGAGCAUAGAUCCGUGCUUCUGCCCAGGCGUGGACCAAGUGCUUCUGGUCUUACGGUAUUGCUCGCACUAUGGAGCAGUGGCGUGCUGAUGAUGUUUGCCGGCGUGGCUUGUGUCAGUGCAGCCACCGCUCCGAAGCGACCCGUGAUCAUCGACACUGACCUGGGCUCCUACAUGGACGACACUGCCGCCAUUCUGCUGGCCCUCCAGAGCCCAGAGCUGGACGUCAAGCUGAUCGUCACGGCAACCAACGACACCACGGCACGCGCCCGCGUCAUGGCCAAGUACCUGCUGGCGGUGAACCGCACGGACGUGCCGAUCGGGAUCGGCGUUCCCGGCUUGGAAACGCUGCAGACGCUCUACGCGUGGGCUGGAAACAUCGACCUGCGCACGUAUACUGAAAAGCAAGGCGGCACCGUGUACGAAGACGGCGUGAAGGCCAUGUAUGACGUCAUCGUGAGCUCGCCGAUACCCGUCGACAUCAUCGCCAUAGCGCCGCCGACCAACUUCCCCAGCUUGCUGAAGCGUUACCCGGCGGCGGUGUACAGCGUGAAUUCCGUGCGCGCCAUGAUUGGCAGCAUUCACCGUGGCUAUGACAACAGCACCACGCCGGUGGCCGAGUACAACGCGCGCCUGUGCGUGGAGUGCACACGCGUCAUGUUCGCGGCGAACUGGCCCGUCGCCAUGACGCCGCUGGACACGUGCGGCUACGUGAACCUGGCCGGCGUGUCGUACCACGCGCUGCUACGCGGCGACAGCGAGGCCAGUCGCGCCUUCGCCGAAUCCUGGGUGUACUUCUGCUCGGUGAGCGGCGUCGAUCAUUGCUCACUGAUGCCGCUGCGCAGCGGGCCGCUCAUGGAUACCGUGGCAACCCUGCUGGCCAUGCCGACGACGGCGGAGGAGUUUGUGCAGAUGACGGCGCUGCGGAUAAACGUCACCGCCACGGGUAUGACGGUGGUGGUGGGUGGUGGCGAAGGUCGCUCGGUGGACGUGGCUCUGUCCUGGCGCGACGGCAACCUGGGCCUCUCGCAGUUCCUGAUGUGGCUGGGCAAGAGCAUUGCGGGCGCUGGCGACUUGUAACUAUUGACGGUGAGCUGUGGCGAGUAUGUGUGGGUGGGUGAAUGAUCAACGGUUGCAGUGCCGGGCGUUGUGUCAUGUGUCGCUACGAUGACUCGUGCGCCACUACAAUGACUCGUUAUGAUUGUGAUGAGCCACGCUGAGUCAUGAUGUGCUGUACGACUGCACGUUAGUUGCGUACAUUGGGUGCCCAUGUGUGUGAUCCUUGAUGCCGUUCGCUGGUGUAUUUCUUGCUCGACGGCACCCCGAUGGCCGUAGGUGUGUGUGUGUGUGUGCGAGCACGGCAGCGAGUGCAGUGGUGAACAUAGCGACGAGCACAGUGGAGACGUAUGGUGCCUGGUGGCCAGAUAUUCGUUCCCUGCUGGUGUACUGCGUUGUCUGCUCCCCGGGGAAAGCGCAAGAGGAUGAUGGCGCUCUGACUCCUACAUGAUCACGUGCUGUGCGCCCACGUUUGAUCACCUUUAUAUUAUUGUGCUCACACUUGAUCAUGCGCAUGCAGUGUGUGUGCGAUUGAGUUUCAUCGGGUUUUUUUCUUUCUUUCUUUCAUUCUUUCUUUUCUGAAAGACUAUGUCCCCAUUGUUUGAUGUAACUUGUUUCGAAGGCAAUCGUCCUGAGUCCUUCAUUUUCUUUCAGACUUGUCAGGCCUAGCUGGUUCGUCUGCGUACUGUAUGUUUCUCUGGUAUCAGCGCAGUGUCUGAUGAAUGCACGUCUCCACUGUUAGCAACCUGUGUACAUGUGUUGAGAGUGAGCAGUGUGUGCACUCAUCGAAAUAAACUAAACAGUCUCCAAUAAAGGCACAUCAGCAUCUGUGUCUCCA